CGCAAGAAAUUGCUGAGUACAAACACUGAAGGUUGGGACCAAUGUUCGGAACGUGCGGUUCGAUUAAAAAAAGAAAUCAUGAGGACAAAAGUCUCCAUGAACUUACUCGUAUGUGCCCUUAUCAUAGGUGUCACAUCGAAUUCUGGAGAUCAUUGUCAUCGUGAGGAUGUUGCGUGCAUUGCUCAAGCACGCUUUGGAAACAUUGACGAGUCCUUAAACAGUCUCCAACAAGAUGAUCCGAAACUCAUUGAAGCUAUCAAAGCCACCUACCUCAUACCACCUUCCAAAGAAAUGUAUAACUUUACCAACAAGGCUAACAUAAACUUCAACGGCCAAUAUGGACAACCACUCAUCAUUGAUAAGAUGUUCAAUAACAAGCUAAAGAAAGGCUUCUUUAUUGAGGCCGGCGCUUUUGACGGCGAAGUCAUCUCGAAUUCCCUUCGUUUCGAAAUCUUCCAUCAAUGGAGUGGUUUGUUAGUGGAGCCAAAUCCUGAGCCCUUUGCAAAAUUGAAGACCAAAAACCGAAGAGCUUGGUUGUUACCGAAUUGCUUCUCCACCAAAACAACGCCCGAAGUUGUGGAAUUCGACGCGGCCGGACUUUUUGGAGGGAUAAUCAACCCCAAAAAUGACCACAAACCUGCUGAUUUUGAAAUCCCCUCAACUGGAGACAAGAACACUAUCGACACUUUCUUUGGAUUUGCUCGGAGUACAAUCACAAUCCAAUGUUUUCCUCUGUAUUCGGUGUUAUUGGCUUUAGGGAACCCAACUGUUCAUUACCUCACGCUGGACAUUGAAGGCGCCGAAUUACCUGUUCUGAAGACCAUUCCAUUUGAUAAGGUGGAUAUCAAGAUCCUGGAUAUUGAAUCCAACCACUUCGGGGAGGUGUUUGAAGGCUCCGUUCGUGAUAUGGCUAGACUGCUCAAAAAAGCUGGAUACUACCGUUUUAGAGACAUCGAAAUCGAUCAAGUUUGGGUCAAGAAUGACUUUGAAGUAAAUCCCGAUGCUAAAGAUUAUCGGCCGUAAAAGCAGAGGGACGUAAUAAGGUUAUAAAUCUGUAAAUUUUUACGAGACGUUUUUGGUGAAGCAUGUCAACAAAUACAUUGUCCAAUAUUUAUGAAAGGCAUUCUUGUCUAUUUUGUUUCCCUUGUCAUUUUGAUACUGUAAAUGUGCGUUUCAUGUUCAAAAGCCUUUUUCACGGGCUUUUCUUGGCGCAGCAGGGAA